UGCUUAAAAAGCCCCCGAUGACUCCCCCUCCCACUUAUCCAUAUUCAUAAUACACAAAAGAGCUAUGGAUUCAAUGGCCAGAACCAAGAAGAAACCACACGUAAUCUUUAUACCAUUUCCAGACCAAAGCCACAUAAAAGCCAUGCUCAAACUAGCAGAGCUUCUCCACCAUAAGGGCCUCCAGAUAACCUUCGUCAACACCGAGUUUAUCCACGAGCGGCUUCUCGAAUCAGGAGGCCCACACAGCCUAGACGGCUCGCCUGAUUUCCGAUUCGAAAUCAUUCCGGAUGGUGUUUCUCGCAGUUCGGAAGCUAGGCGUACCAUGACAAAUCUACUGCUGCAAUCCCUUGAAACCAACUUCUUAGGUCGUUUUAUUGACCUUGUAACCAAGCUUCCGGAUUCUCCAACUUGUAUUAUCUCUGAUGGGUACAUGUCGAUUUUCACAAUCGAUGCUGCGCUAAAGCUUGGAAUCCCGAUCAUGAUGUACUGGACACUUGCUGCCUGUGGCUACAUGGGAUUUUACCAGAUCCAAUCUCUCAUUGAGAAAGGAUUUGCACCUCUUAAACAUGAAAGUUACUUGACAAAUGGGUAUUUAGACACGAUCAUUGAUUGGGUUCCUGGAAUGGAAGGCAUCCGUCUUAAGGAUUUCCCAAUAGAUUGGACCGCUGACAUCAAUGACAAACUUCUAACAUUCUGUAAGGAAGCUCCCCAAAGGUCACACAGAGUUCCAUAUCAUAUUUUCCACACGUUUGAUGCGUUGGAGUCUAGUAUUAUCAAAGCUUUGUCAUUGACGUAUUCUCAUGUUUACACCAUCGGCCCACUGGAACUGCUUCUUGAUCAGAUACUGGACGAAAAAAAGCAAACUAAAGCGGCAUACAGCUUAAUGAAAGAAGACACAAAAUGUUUAGAAUGGCUUCAGUCCAAGGAACAAAGUUCUGUCAUUUAUGUAAAUUAUGGGAGUUCAACAUUAAUGCCUUUAGAAGACCUGAUAGAAUUUGGUUGGGGACUUGCUAAUAGCAACCAUUCUUUCCUUUGGAUAAUCCGGUCUAACUUGGUGAAAGGGGAAUCUGCAGUUUUGCCUCCUGAACUUCAGGAACAUAUAAAAAAGAGAGGCUUUAUUUCAAGUUGGUGUCCACAGGAAAAGGUCCUGAACCACCCUUCGGUUGGAGGGUUUUUGACUCAUUGUGGGUGGGGGUCCACCAUCGAGGGCUUGUCGGCUGGGGUGCCGAUGAUAUGUUGGCCGUUUGGGUGGGAUCAGCUGACCAACUGUAGGUAUAUAUGCAAGGAAUGGGAGGUUGGAGUGGAGAUGGGGAAUAAAGUGAAACGAGAUGAAGUUAGUAGACUUGUGCAACACUUGAUGGGAGGAGGUAACCGAAUGAGGAACAAGGCUAUAGAAUGGAAGGAAAAGGCUCGUGUUGCCAUAGGUCCCAAGGGUUCGUCUUCUUUAAACAUAGAUAACAUGGUCAAGGAAAUAACCAUGCUAUCCAAAGGCUAGAAACGAGUGGUUCGUUAGAACCCUUUGCAUUCUGUUUACGAUGUAAUAGUGUAUCAGUGUACUUAUAAUUUUACGUUGUCCAGAUGUAUCAAACCAAGUAACACCUAAAUUGGUUAUUGGUUUAGAAAAUUGUUCAAGGUUCAGUUAUGCAAUAAAAGGCUUGAGUAAUAUUAUAUGAUU